AAAAAAACACAAAAAAAACAACAACAAAACUUAAUCGCUUCUCAUCGGUUAAAGCGUCCGAACCAUCUCUACCCAAUUCAGAUUAAAGCCUUUCCAUCAUUCCAUCAUUGUUCAAUCAAUGCCCCGCUCGUCCCGUCUCGAUGCCAAUGUGAAAAGUCUUGGGCUGUUGGGAUUUCUUAUAACCACUGAGGCGGCUCUGCGGGAGUUGGCGCUGGCUGGGCAGGGGCGUCCUGGUUUCCUGUGGCAUUUGAAACCACAGACCGCCCCUGCUGAGACAGCCCAACCCCUGUAACUACCACACACGCGACCCGUCUCUCGCCUCAGAUAUUCGCGACCUUGCUGCCCAUGUUCAAUGCAUGGUGCCGUAAUACCGCAGAGCACAUAUGUACAUAUCUUAGCACGCCAAAAUAUGUGCCUAAUUACAUACUUGCCUUACUGCUUGAGGUAAUCAAUUGGUCAAUGUCUGGCGAGGCGGCCCUCAUCCUCGGCAGGAUCUUCCUUCAAGACCACGUUUGCAACGUCCCCCGCACCAAUGUCCAGUCCCAGUCGGCUCGCCUAGGGUAGCACUGAGAUUACCUUAUUGUAACAGAGGCAGGCAUAACAACGAAGUUAUGUAACUGAACUCAGCAGACAACAAGCUCGUUCCGUUCAGGGCCUCCGCGGCCGAGGACGACAAGGAGCACCAGGGUGCACUUGCCAAGAUGAUCGAUCUAGCCGGGAGUGCCAUUCAUUUCCUUGUGCCCCAUUCUUCUUGGGGUCCAAUGGAUGAAGCCGCUGGCUGCCCGUAACCCCAGACAAGCCCAUCCUUUCGUACGGAGUUUCCUCAUCGUGGUUGUUGCAAACCCGCGUGGGCCUGGGGUUUGUCCUGUGUCCCCUCCCCUGACCCCUUCAUGCCCCAUUUACGGAGUUGUGAAGUCGGAUCUGGGUGCACCGACUCUUGGUAGCGUGGUUUCUAUGGCCGAUCUUCGUCCUAGUGGAGGGGUUCCUGUCGUCGUCUCUGCCCUCCCGACCAGAACGUUUCAAUCGUCCCUUUCUCAUUUGUCUCCGAUGUUCACCUUCGUCUUCAUCGGCUUCAACGCUUUCAUUCCAUUCUUUCUUUCCUUAACCCGUUCAAAGGCUGGCCUUCUCCUUUGGGUCACUCUCUUUGAAUUAUUACCUUACUUUAAUUUUCUUUCUUUCUCUUCUCCCGAGGCGUGGUCCUUUUUUCGCUCCUUUUCGAAUAUCGAAUAUUCUCCACAUACGCCUCCAUUCUUUAACCCAUCCACGACUUCUGUUCCGUAUGUCGAGAAAAAGCAACGCCUUAGUAACAUAUCUAGUAUAACCUGAUCCACGCUCCCAAGCUUGACAAACCGCCCAUACGUUUCAGCCCAGCAUUUUUUCAUAUAAAAACGCUUCGAGUACAUAGGACGCUAAGGACAUCGGCAAUCGUGGCGUCAUCAUAUAUUUAAUGGGUGGCCAAAGGAACCUGGCCAAGGGUGCAUUCGGAACGCGGGACAAUCUGGAGUCCCUCGCUAUCGUCCUAGCAUAGCGUUGGUGAGGGGACGAGGGAUGGCACCAUCGCAUCACAUACGGCACACCGCCGACUUGAUACGAGAACAAGUCCAUACGGAGACCGACCCAUUUUCGCUCACAUUAUCGACACGGCAAAACGACAACAGCAAAGACCCCGACCGAAGUGGCCGUGACCGGGGAAGUAGCCGAUCCGGCAAGGGCGACGACAGCAAGGGUGCUCGGAACGACAAGGACGGUAGCCGAGGCGAUAGGAGCAACAGGAGUGGCGGAGGACGUGGUUCCUCUGGUGGAAGACGCUCGGGCGAUAACGACAAGAACGGCGAUAGCAGCAACAACAGCCGGAACCGCGGGGGACGUAGGACUGACAACGAUUCUGCUAGCCGCAAUAAGGCCCCAGCCGCAUCCUCUGGAGCCCCGGCCCCGGCUACAACUAUGCAAAGCUCUCUAGGUACACCACGGCCGCUGCCAGCUAUUGCCUCACCCUUGCCAAAAGUCGAGGGAGUAAAUCCUGUCAACAACGCAGUACCUGCAAGUGGUGGACAAGCAGGCCGGGCUCCGCCGGCAGCUGUAAACACUCCCUUCAUUAUGAUGCCGAACUCGAACCCAAGCCCGGUCAUCCUGCUCUCGACAGUCAUACCGGAUCUUGCCAAAACCGCUCCGCAAACAACAUCAUUGCCUUCCGCCCCGGCCUUGGCAACUGGCACUCCCGCUAUGCCCGACACAACACUAAGCCCGGAACUUUCGAACGGUAUCAACCCGGUGGGAGGCACCAAGGCAGGCUCUUCCAGCAGUCAGAACCCCGCCACCCCAUAUUCUGAUGGCGCGCCUGCUCAACAACAACAAGGCUCGUCACAACAGGAAGGUGGUUCAAUGGAUGCUAUAACCGAGCGGGUUCUGAUAUCCAUUGGCUCAAUAGUUGCUUUCGCCAUACUCUGUUUUGUUGGUUGGAUGAUUUGGCGCAAUGUCAAGAGGUCCAAGCAACAGGACGAACAGAAACCGUAUUCCAAGUCGUCACGAAACGGAGGUCCCAGCGAGGCUCCAGCCUUCUACCACAAAAUAGCCGCCAAGAUACCCUUCCUGAAAACACGUCAGCAACUACCGUGGCAGGAGGUUAAUGAGAAAGACAUCCGGAGUGCUCCAUUGAACCGCAGUGUUGCUACCUCGGCCACUCCGAUACCAACAUCAGUAACGUCGGCAACACCAGUCUCCACGAACAUGACAUAUGGCAACGGAAAAGUGAACCAGCCGCUUCCGACAUUACCGCGUCUACAAACCAGAAUCUCUUUCCUGCCUCCGCCGCAGUUGAACAUGUCUCCAGCCAUGGGUAUUUCGCCUGCGGGGCUUGGCAUGUCGCCCGGAGCGAGUAGCCAGUCUUCAGCCAGGCCACUAAUGAGCACUCCACAAGUAUCACAGCUACAGUAUGACCUCAACGGCUUGAAAACCAAGAAAACCAGGGAGUGGACAGUAUCUUUGCAUCAAGCAAACAACUCGUUCAGCUCGACCAACGCCGCUCAAUUUGAAGGGACUUUUAACAGCAUCGGCGCAUCAGCAGGGACGCUGAGGCCACCUAUGGCAAGCCCGCGCCACAACCGGGAUGAGCUUCCUGGAGAAACCUAUGAUGCUUAUAACCAAACGAGGCGUCAAGACAACCAUGCCUCGAUGCUCUCUUCUCUAUCCUCGGGCUUUGGCGAUGCCGACAUCAUCAUUGAUGAUCAACCGCAACCUCAACCCGUUAUCAACCCACCAACAACAGUCUUUGGGCAAUAUCCCCAAUGGCAGGGCGUCAAGCCGAACAUCUUGGAUGAGCCGCUCUAA